AUGGCCGACGCUGACCAAACUCCUCUUCCUCUCCCCGUCCCUUCUUUAACGCGUCUUGCUCCUGGUGUGAUACUUUCUCAGCCAUUAUCUCGCAAAGGUUCAGGGCCUGGACUCAUUGUAAUCGUGAAUCAGUCAGGAGCUACAAAUGACACGACUCUGCGCAUCGAAAAUGGUGUUCCAUCACCGCUCAUGAAAUGGGGAGAAGAGAGUUACACAGUUGUCGAGCUUCUUGAAGAAGCCUUCCUCGAGGGCAAGGACCCAAUAAGUCUGGCCGUCUCAGAGCUAUCCAAGGCAGACAAGUGUGAGCCGAAGAAUGCAAUUGGCGUCAUCGCAUACGAUCUGAAGCUCUGGAACCGUGCAGCACCAUAUCUAACAUCACACCCAUCAAUCGUCGGCGCCGUCGUCUACGCAGAUGCAGCAGAGCACCACAAGCUCGCCAUGACCUCGGUCCCCGUCCUGCAACACAUGGCGGGCAAGAUGCGCAAGCCGCCUCGGACCGAAACUCGUGUCGUCCACGAUUACCCCAAUGCAAAGUCCCAUCUCUUUGCUACGCCCUUCCAGCCAGAAUUUGAUUACAACAUGGAGUCAGUGUCCCACACACGGAAUCUUUCAUUUCUCAAACCGCGCAUGAAUGGCCCGUGGUUCGAUCUCGAGGCCAUUUGGGACGAGCAUACGUACUGGGAGUUUGAAAAUCGGUCAGUGCCGCAGACAAUGGCGACAAUGGUGCAGGAGCCAUAUGUCAAUCAUGUGCCUACACUCACGGGUGGCAUUGGACGAGAAGCCCUUACAGAUUUCUAUACGAACCAUUUCGUCUACUCGAAUCCCAAGGAUAUCGAGACGGAGUUGAUUAGUCGUUCCAUGGGAAUCGAUCGCGUCAUCGAUGAGUUCAUUUUCAAGUGCACACAUGAUGCGCCGUUGGACUGGCUAAUACCCGGUAUCCCUCCGACAGGUCGCAAACUUGAAAUUCCCUUCAUGGCAGUUGUCAACAUUAGAGGCGACCGUCUUUACCACGAACACAUAGCCUGGGAUCAGGGUACUGUGCUGGCUCAGCUGGGGUUACUGCCAGAGUACUUGCCUAUACCGUACGCUCUGCCAAGCGGGCAGAACCAGGACGGAAACAAACUCGAGUACAAAUUGCCCAUUACAGGGGUCGAAACUGCACAAAAGUUACGAAAUAAAGAUGCGGUCACCUCAAAUGUCAUGCUUGGCUUCCAGGUCCGCAACAAGAACGCAUAG